GGUAACAACCUUGUUUACAAACAGAAGCAUCCAUCAAUCUCUUAGCAGAAAAUAUUCAUUUUGAAAAUAUGAAUAUUUUCCAGUGAAAAAAACAUUUUAUACCACAGACAAGACUCCUAGUCCGGCGUUAAUCAUGUCCGAAAACAAGACGUGUGAUAGCAGAUUAAGAAAACAACCUUCAUCUCUGUAUAAUACGUGCGUUCGAUAUGCGGCACGAAAUUUAAAACGAUACAAGAACUUUGAAUACCUGGAACUGAUACCACCUUUAAUCAAAAAUGCACUGAUAGUGAACGUAACUCGCGUUCAGCGAGGAUUUCACGAUGACGAAUUGUUGGAAAUGCUCCUAAACCGUUCCCUCACUCGCAUCAAUCUGUCCACCUCGACCAUUACGAACCGGACGUUAUAUUCCCUGGCGGAAAAAUGUCCACAGUUACGGAGCCUUACCCUUACCCAGGGUGAAUAUCGUUUCACCCGAGCCGGACUGGAAACGAUGGUCCGAAAAUUAUCCCAAUUGCAGCAUCUAUCGGUGAAAAACUGUCCCUUCGUGGACGACAAUCUGAUCGCCCUACUGGCUGACAGUUGUCCUAGGCUGGACCUAAUGGACUUUGAGUCAUGCACGAAUAUAACCGACCGCUCGGCAGAACCAAUCAAGCGGCUUAAACUGACGAAACUGAAUCUUGCUCGAACGCGGAUUUCCGACGAAUUUCUGAAGACAAUAGCGAGCGAUGCGGAUGGCUGCUCACUGGAAGAUCUGAACAUUGGUCACUGUAAGAUCACCGGGGCCGGCUUAGUACAGCUUCCAUGGGAUACCAUCAAGUAUAUUGGAUUUGAAGGAUGCGACAUUGGGGAUUUAGAAUUCAUCGAAAUGAGCAAAAAUCUCAAAUACAUACAGUGGACAAUAUCCAACUGAUGGAUAUUUCGCCACGCCCAGUGGACAUGCAAUAUUUAACCCUCUUCAUACCAGUACUAAUAGAGACUAUUUAUUUACAUAAUUAUUGCACCAAGCAAGUGAAUCGUCCGAGACGGUCGUGUAGUGCUGUAAGAGCUGAUUUUGGUAUAUUUAACCGUCAUUUAUCUACUUAACAAAAACAACGAUAAAGCUGUAGUUUUAGAAACAAGGAUUGCAAAUAAAGCAAUUAACUAAAUUUAGCAGUUACAUACACGUAUGUUUUGAGUGAUAUUUUUCAUACACGAUUGGUUUUAAUUCUAAGUAAGAAUGUUAGUCAUUCUUUCCAGUUAAUGAUGUUUUAGAAAAUAUUGAACGUAAACUUUAACGAUUGAAAAUUGAUGAAACAAAUUGCCUUUAUUUGGUAGUCAUUGUGGGAGAAUGUUUAGCAUGUUUUAGUUACGAAUUCCUCUUCACUCUUUGGAAACGAUAUAAUAAUGAUCAAAUCGAACAAUAUGUCUAACAAACACAAGAAACCUAGAAGCCACAUGUUGCCAUAUUUUAUAGAAUAUCUAGAUUUGAACUUAUAUAUGUCAAAUAAUUCAACAAUAAGCGAAGGCACUUAGAUAGCAAGCGAGCAAGCAAAAUUUUUUACAUAAACCACUUAUGCUAUACACAACUUAGAUUCAAAUCAAAGAAAAAAUCGCCCAAAAGAAUGUCUUACAUUAAAUUGGUACAUGGACCAGCUUCGAGACGCAAUUCGCGUCCGCAGCCUUGAAAAUACAUACUGCAAAUUACGAUGAAUUAAACGCGAAGUGAUAAACUAUCAAAGCAAAACAGUAAAAUUCAAAAACGCGGAUCAAAUAUUAAAAACUUUUAACUUCAGUGUCGUAUUUUUUACGGUAAUUACCGCCAAAAGGUAGCUAUUUUUGAACACCGCGGAAGCUAAAUUCAUCCAUAAUACAGAUAAAAAAUUAGUAAGCUAUUGAAGUAAAAUUUUUAACUCUGUCAUCGAUGUAUGUUUUCUGUAUUCUUACCAGCUAUCCCUAGAUUGAUAUAUCGUAAUGUUUAUGAUCAUAAACUCUAAGUGUUGAUUAACCUCUCUAGUGACUAACGAUUAUCGAAUACAAGGAACGAAAAAAUUAAAACACCACAAAGAACGGGAUUUUAGCUGAUAAGGCAAUGCAACUGGGUGACAGCGGGAGUCUCAGUGUAAUUAUCCUUGAAGUAGAGUACUUGUGCUCGCAUAAACCCAUCGCUUACCACAAUUUAACUGAAAGUAAAAUUUUAAACAUUGCUGAUACAACACUAACCAUAAUUAAAAUGUUAUUACCAUAAAACCCUUGCACAAACAGCCAAUUAAAUUUAUAUAUUUUAUUCAACUUGCAACAAAUUUGAACCAGGCCAAUGGAAUGCUUCAUUUUACAGAUGAGAGUAUUAAGUCGCUCAAGGUUAAAGAAAUUAGAGCAAUGUUCAUAUACUAAGCAACUUGACGUAAGUGUAAAGAAGACGAAUUUUCCGAUGCUUCGAAUCAUUUAGCACUAAAUUACAAAGAUUACAAUGCGUUUUUCUAAAACUCAAUUUUACAUGUUUUUGUUGCUCAAAACUCAAAUUUCCAUUAAAAGUAUCCCAACAUUUGCUUAAGUUAUUGAUGUCAUUAAACUCAAGGAAAUCCACUAAAAUCUUUGAAAAUUGGCCAACUUAGGAUGAAACUACACAAUACCCUCCUUUAGAAAUGUUAGUUCUUGUGUAAAGGACAACAAGCCUUGCUCUUCAUGAAUAUUAUUUUUACCCAUGGAAAUGAUGAUGUACAAUAAGAUGCAGUCAGCAAGUUCCAGCGAAUUCCCAUCAUUUGUUAGUCAAUUAGGAAUGUUGCCCAGUGAAAAAUUUUUUGUUCUAUAGUUUUUAACAACACAAGCGCACCCUAGUUUCACUAAAAUUAGAGGCCUCUAGCCACCCAGUUCUAAAGAAAAAGCGGAACAAAUGGAUAGGAAAGCAAUACUCAGCAUUACCUAGUUUUAACCUAGCUCUACUCAAUUGGGCAUAAUAUAUUCAAAUAAAUAAAACUAGCAAUAUUCCAAUUCAUUAGUAGCUACUACAUAAUUCAAUAAUUCAUGUCGUCACGUUUUUUCGUCGAACAGUAUUUUUCGAAACCAAAUUAUAUAUAGCCUGCAAAGGUGGCGGCAAUCAAGCACCAUUAAAAAAACUGAUGAAAUAAAUACAAUAAAACACCACUUUAAAACUAGCAUAGUUCGUGUGUAAGUUAACCAAUUUAGGAAAAAAAAAAAUACAAACAUUACAAACUCAGCUCUAGUGUAAUAGCGUACAUAAGAAAUCACGGAAAUAAGUAUUCAAAUUUUCUACAUUUUUCUCCACCACCAAAUUUAAUAUAAUGCUAGAAAGUUCAAUAUAUUACAAACCGUGGGAGAAUUCUCUAAAUCGGAAAGGGUGAUAUCCUUCAAUGGAGAGAUUGAUUGUCAGUCAGUUCAAUCGGAAUAAUUUUUCUCAACACUUUAGUUUUAUAUUUUUAAUCUGUCGCGAGUAGACUUUUCAUAUACACUUGCUUUACUUAGCAUUUAGUUACUACUAACGAUGCUUUUUUUCUUUAAAUAUAUAUUUAUAGAACUAUAAUAUGCUUAUGUAAGCCAUUAGCGUAAGAUGUACUGCUACUUGGAAUUACUAUUUUCUGAUAAAAUGCGCCUUUGAAACUGUUUUUUUUUUCUCUCUCUUGCGAAACAAAUAAGUCAAAAACUUAUGAGCCAGUAAAUGCACCCGGUCCAAAAAAAAAAGAAUAAUAAUACGAACAGCAACAAAUAUAUGCGAAAUGAGCAAACAAACUAAUCGUAGUCCACUUUCAAAACUAACACACUAUGCGUAUUAGUAAUUUAGUCAAGUAACGAAAAAAAAAGUAAGGAAUGAUGAUAGUUUAUACUGAAUACAAAAGCAGAGCAAAUACAGCACAUGAUAUUCAUCUACCUUUGUACUCUACACAUAGUGAUUAAUAGGAGCAAUUUUAUUGGAUAACUCAAGAGUAUAUAUAUUCGGAACCAUAUAAUCAAGGAGCCGACACCGUUCACGAAACAGAAGUCUAGUGUUUUAGAGCCUGUACUGUACCUACCGGAAUCUGCUACUAGAUUAAUCAGUAAUAAAGUUGUCAAGUAGAGGAAAGCAAA